UUGCCCGAGGGAGGUUCUUUUCUACAUUCUACAUAGCUUUUGUUUACCUUAAUUUUGUUUAUUUGAAAAUUAAAACUAUAUCAUUGAAUGCAAUUAAUUGCUAAAUGGUUUGAGUUGAGGAAUUUUAGUGCAGCUUAAUAACUUUGCGUAUUACAACAUUUUGCAGAUGUAAUCUUUUUAAAAUGACAUAAAGCUAAGUAGGUAUUUAUUAUGAAGUAAGCCAUAGAAACUUUGUUUGCCAUGGAAUCUGAGUGUAGAACCUGUUUAGGUACACAAAAUCUUAACCCAAUUUUUGCUAUGCCAGAGUAUGCUGAGAAGUACACGGAAGCCAUAUUCAAAGCUUCAGCUGUUAAGGUAGAAAUAAAUGAUAACCUUCCACAAGUAAUGUGUUCUUCUUGCAUUGAUUUAAUUAACGAUAAUAACCAGUUUAGAAAAAAGGCCCAUAAUGUACAAAGAAUGCUUCUCAAAAGACUGGAAGACAAUUGCUACGAUGUCAAAUUGGAGCCAUUUGAAUCUUUGAAAUUAGAAUCAGGAAGAAGCAAUAAGUCCAUAUUGAUUGUUGUAUCUGAUUUAGACAAUUUCGAGGACUUUGAUGAUAAUAUAACAUUAGACACAUUACAAUGCAAUGAGAAUGAAAAAAUAAGUAUAGAUGAUAGUAAAAUGCAGUAUGAAAAUUGUGAAGUAGAAUUAAUGGAGAAAAGAAACAUGAAUAGAACUAAGACAAAAAAAAGAGAGAGUUCAAAGCUGAAGAUAAGUGUAAAAAAAGAAGCAGGUAAAAAAGAUAUGCAGAAAGUUAGAGAAGAGAUAGAAUGUGAAAUAUGCAAUAAGAUUUUAACAUCAAAGCUGUCACUGCGAAAUCAUUACAAGAUACAUACAGGCUUUGAUGUGGUUUGUGAGCACUGUGGUAAAAAAUUUAUCACCCGACGUCUACUAUUAAUGCAUUGUCGAGCUAAACAUGGUUAUGAGAAAACUGACAAAUGUUCGUACUGUGACUACAGGGCAUCUAAUGCUGAGCAGGUUAAAAUUCAUGAACGCACUCAUACUGGUGAGAAACCAUAUGUCUGUGCAGAGUGUGGUACAGGAUUCCAUCGUAAGAGUAGCUACCUUCAACAUGUUGCUAUACACUUACCAGAGAAAAAUGUACAAUGUGACCAGUGCCCAGCUCGUUUUAAAUCAGUAACUUUAAUGCGAAUCCACAAAAACCGUCAUCGAGGUCCACAAUAUACCUAUCGUUGUACAGUCUGUGAUAAUUCAUUUGCCAGACGUCGCAACGUCACACGACAUUUACAGAGGAUACAUGGUCUACCCCCACAGCAGCAUAUAGAUAGAUUGAAGAUAUCAUAAAGAGAGACUGAUCUAACAGUUCCUAAAAAUAUAUAUUUCAUUUGAAAAAUGGAAUCGAGAGUUGUUGACUAGAACUUUUUGGGUUCACAUCAUGCAUUUUAAUUAUAAAGAUAUUGUAUGGAAUUAUGAUGAAAUUAUUGUGUCGGAAUAUUUCAAAUAUCAUACAAUUUAUACUGCU